AUGGCGGAGCCAGGCUCGGUGCAGCCGCACUUGUUGCUGCCCCCGGGGCUGCUGGAGCUGUGCGCGCUUCUGGGAGCCCACCGGGAGAGCCUCCACGACCUGGAGCAGGUUGCCCAGAAAAAGGGAAAGAAAAAUCUUCUUCCUCUUGAGCCUGAGGUUCUUUCUGUCUUUGUACCUCCGUUUAUCAGUAAAGAAGAUGGUUCAACAGCUGGUGCCAAUUGUAAUAAUCUGAAUAAAAUAAGAAGAAGAUCUUUCAGAAAAAAGAGAGAUAGGCUCAAAACUGAAAACUGGAAGAGCUCCCAAGGAGGUCAGAAAGUUACUGAUAUGGAGGAUGUUAGCAUUCCAAAUGAUGUGGAUCUGAGUGCUUUGCCACAGCUGUGCUUUCCAGGAGGACUCUGUGUAGCUCCCGAACCCAAAGAAGACCAAGUACAUUUCCUGGUCCUUACUGACGUAUGUGGCAAUAGAACCUAUGGUGUGGUGGCACAAUACUACAAACCUGUACAAGAUGAACACUGCUUCUACAAUGGCAAAACACACUGGGAAUUACCUGGACACACCAUGCAUGCUGUCAGCUGCUUUGUGCCAUUUGCUAUUUGUCUUAUAUCUAAAUAUCCAUAUUAUAAUGCCUUCAGAGACUGUCUUUCAUGUUUGUUGGCACAAGUGAAACUUUGUAAGGAUUUUGAAGUUGAUCAGCGAAUAAAAGAAUUUGCUGCAAAAUUGUCUUUAAUCCCUAGUCCUCCACCCGGACCACUCCAUCUGGUAUUUAACAUGAAGCCCCUUCAGAUAGUGUUUCCUUCACGAGCAGAUCCCGACAGCCCCAUCAUAGACCUGGACCUUCACCUUCCCUUACUGUGUUUCAAACCUGAGAAGGUAUUACAGAUCAUAACUUGCAUUUUAACUGAACAACGAAUUGUCUUCUUCUCUUCGGACUGGGCUCUUCUUACUCUCAUUGCUGAGUGCUUCAUGUUGUAUCUUCACCCUAUUCAAUGGCAGCACACCUUUGUACCCAUCCUUUCUGGUCAGAUGCUGGACUUUGUAAUGGCGCCUACGUCCUUCCUUAUGGGCUGCCAUGUUGAUCACUUUGAAGAAGUUAGCAAGGAAGCAGAUGGUUUGAUCCUAAUAAAUAUUGACAGUGGGAAUAUUACUUACUCCAAAUCGUCGGAUGAUGAUAAUGAUGAUAUUCCAGACAUCCCUUUGCAAGCUGCCCAGACAUUCAUUCAAAGGGUAGAAGGCCUUCAGUUGCACUAUGAUCUAGAACUCUCCCAUCUAAUGCCCAGCACAGACUUAGGGGAGGUCCAAGCCCGUAGAAGGGCAUGGCAACAAAAACGGAAUUCUGAAAUGCAGCAAAUUACUUUACAACUAAUUGUUAACAUCUUCAGAGAAGUAAAAAACCAUCUUAAUUAUGAACAUAGAGUGUUCAAUAGUGAAGAAUUUCUCAAAACAAGAGCACCAGGGGAUCAACCAUUUUAUAAAAAGGUGUUAGAGACCUACAUAUUUCAUUCUUUCCUUAAAGCUCGUCUUAAUAGAAGGAUGGAUGCCUUUGCUCAAAUGGAACUUAGCACUGAGUCUGAGGAAGACAGACUGAAUGUCAUGCUUGUUAGCCCAAGAAGACCAACAAUUGAGAAAAUGGCCUCUCGAAGAUUCCCUGCCCAGCAGUUAGCUAAAAGACGAAUGGUAAUGAGCAUGCCAAAUCUACAAGACAUAAAUAUACCUGAAUUACCCCCAAGGAAUUCAUCACUUCGGAAAAUAGAAACUGUGAAUAGUUGUAAAGGCAAUAAUACAGUUCCAAAGUUGACCUCCAAAUCAGUGUACACGUUCAAGAUACCAGAAAUACAUUUUCCACUGAUGAGUCAGUGUGUUCAUUCCUAUUAUGCUGAUUUUAUCAACCUUCUGAGUAAAGCUAUCAAUUGCCCACCAUCUGAUAACUCUGUGCUGCUGGCAAGGUAUCUCUACCUUCGAGGACUCGUUAAUUUAAUGCAAGGGAAACUCCUGAGUGCGCUUUUAGAUUUUCAGAGUCUAUACAAAACGGACAUCAGAAUUUUUCCUGCUGAUCUCAUAAAUAGAAUGGUGGAGUCCAUGUCUUCUUCGGAGCGUUCCCAAGCUGAACGGCAGCCUGAGCUCAAAAGACUUAUUAGUGAAAUAAUGGAAAAGCCAAGAGAAGUCACCAAGGUAGAUGACCACGUGAAAAACUUUGAGUUACCCAAGAAGCAUAUGCACCUGGAUGAUUUUGUGAGGAGAAUACAGGAGUCAGGAAUUGUGAAGGAUAUCAAAAUUAUCCACCAGCUGUUUGAGGCAUUAACUGUAGGGCACCAGAAGCAAAUUGACCCUGAAACAUUCAGAGAUUUCUACAACUACUGGAAAGAGACUGAGGCAGAGGCUCAGGAGGUCAAUCUUCCACCCCAGGUCAUCGAGCACCUAGAUAAAAACGAAUGUGUCUACAAACUGUCAAGCUCGGUCAAAACGAACUUUGGAGUGGGGAAAAUAGCCAUGACCCAGAAGCGCUUGUUCCUCCUUAUGGAAGGAAGACCCGGCUAUAUGGAAAUUUCUACCUUCAGAAAUAUAGAGGAAGUGAAAAGUACAACUGUAGCCUUUCUGGUUCGAAGGAUACCCACUCUAAAAAUUAAAACUCUUUCCAAAAAGGAAAUCUUUGAGGCUAAUCUUAAAACAGAGUGUGAUCUUUGGCACCUGAUGGUCAAAGAGAUGUGGGCUGGAAAGAAAAUGGCUGAUGAUUAUAAGGAUCCCCAAUAUAUCCAGCAAGCACUGACCAAUGUUUUGUUAAUGGAUGCUGUGGUUGGUGCACUUCAGUCAUCAAAUGCUAUUUAUGCUGCCUCCAAAUUAUCUUAUUUUGAUAAGAUGAAGAUUGAAAUGCCUAUGUCAGUUCCAAAAACAACUUCAGAGACACUGAAGCAUAAAAUAAAUCCUUCUUUAGGAGAAACUAGCCCACAAGCCAUAGAUAUCUUGCUAUACACGCCAGGACACCUUGAUCCAGCAGAAAAGAUUGAAGAUGCCCAUCCCAAACUGUGGUGUGCCUUAAGUGAAGGCAAAGUGAUUGUAUUUGAUGCAUCGUCCUGGACAAUUCAUCAGCAGUCCUUUAAAGUCGGAACUGCUAAGUUGAAUUGUAUGCUGAUGGCGGAACAGAAUCAAGUUUGGAUUGGCUCUCAGGACUCCAUUAUUUACAUUAUUAACAUUCAUAGUAUGUCCUGUAACAAGCAACUCACUGAUCAUCGCUCUAGCAUCAUGGAUUUAAUUGUAGAAGAUGGAAACAAGGAAUCUAGCGAAGUUUAUUCAUGCAGUCUGGAUGGAGUCAUCAUUGCUUGGAAUGCCGGUACCCUGAAAGUGAACAGGAGAUUUCACCUGCCCUGUCAGACUCUGACUUCUAUUAAACUUCACAACGGCCGCCUUUGGUGCUGUAUAGGCCAUAGCAUUAUGGUUGUGACAACAAAUGGGUUUCUUCGGCAAGAACUGAAAAUUGAUGAGCUUUUUAAGGAAAUAUCCACCUCUUUCCUCUGUUUCCAGCUGGUCCCUGAGCAAGACCAGGUCUGGGCGGCAUGUGCGGGACACACGGACGUGUACGUCUGGAACAUAAAGGAUUUCUCAAGGCCACCUCAUAAAAUUCAACUUCAGGACUGUUCCGAGAUCAGCUGUAUGAUCAAAGUGAAGAGCCAGAUCUGGGUUGGCAGCAAAGGACUGUCCCAGGGGAAAUACAAAGGAAAAAUCUAUGUGAUUGAUGCUGAUAAGAGAACUGUAGAGAAAGAGUUGGUGGCUCACGCUGACAUGGUGAAGGCUUUGUGUUCAGCAGAGGACCGAUAUGUGCUGAGCGGUUCAGGCAGAGAAGAAGGAAAGAUUGCUAUUUGGAAAGUUGAAUAA